AUGAAAAGAUUUUACUAUGAUUAUUAUUAGCAAAUAAACAAUAGAAGAAAAAAUCUUAAUAAUAAGAGUGAAUUAUUCAUUGGGAGAAGAGAAAAUGAAGGGUCAGCUAUUCAUUCAAUGGAUCAACUCAAAUCCAGAAAGUUUUCUAUUUCAAGGCCGAUAAGUUCAAUAAGUCUGAAGAGAAAUAGUGCAUCAUAAAUUGAUAGCAGUUUUAAUUUGAUAAGUCUGAAUGAAUUAGCAAUGAUUCAAUAGUAUAAAACAGUGAAUCUGUUAUCAAGUUAGCUGAAACGAUCGUCAAGCAAUUCAAUUAGAAGGAGGGUUAUAAAUUCUGAUAAAAAUUCGUAGUUCCGUCAAUAUCCAAAUAAAUCAAUGAUUAUAACAAAUUUCAUUUUGGAAUGA